AUGAUCCUCCCCAACAAUAACAACAACAGCAGCCAUGGCUGGAAGCAUCGGGCUCUUGCAUACAUCGUCCUGGCUGGUUUCGUUUUGCUGCUUUGGCGCGGCGUCUCCGGACGCCCCCAUGACAGGUUCUACUGCUGGGGUCCGCCAAAGGCGCCCAUGGACAUGACGAGCAACGAGCGGGCGGCCUGGGGUCGACACCUGCAGACACCUGUUCUGUUCAACCCUCAUAAACCCAUUCAAGUCGACUCCCCGACGAUUAAGAAUGUCGACAUGAACCCCGUCAGUUCCACGCGCAAGGCUGUCGCGAAUCAGGAAAAGGUCUUGAUCCUGACGCCUCUCAAGGACGCCGCCCCCUAUCUGUCCAAGUACUUCGAGCUUAUCAGCCGGCUGACGUACCCCCAUCAACUGAUCGACCUUGCCUUCCUGGUUGGCGAUUCCAGCGACGAUACUCUUGCAGUGUUGGCUGCCGAAGCCGACAGGCUGCAAAAACGGACCGACUCUGUUCCCUUUCGCAGCAUCACUGUCGUGGAGAAGGACUUCAAAUUCCACCUCAGCCAGAACGUGGAGGAGAGACAUUCUUUUGAAGCCCAGGGGCCUCGGCGUAAGGCGCUGGGGCGGGCGAGGAACUAUCUCCUAUCCGUGGCGAUGAAGCCAGAUCACUCCUGGGUGUACUGGAGGGACGUCGACAUUGUAGAGAACCCCGCAGCUAUCAUCGAGGACUUCAUCGCCCAUGACGUCGAUAUCAUAGUGCCAAAUGUUUGGUUCCAUCGCAUUGAGGACGGCGUAGACAUCGAGGGUCGCUUCGACUAUAACUCUUGGAUAGAAUCCAACAAGGGCCGCAUGCUGGCGAACAAGCUUAGCAAAGACGUCGUUCUUGCGGAAGGUUACAGUCAAUAUAAGACUGGCCGUACGUACAUGGCCAGGAUGGGCGAUCGCACUAAGAACAAGGACGAGGAGAUCGAUCUUGACGGCAUCGGCGGCGUCAACAUUAUCGUCAAGGCUGACGUCCACCGGUCAGGCAUCAAUUUCCCUUGUUACGCUUUCGAGAACCAAGCCGAAACGGAAGGAUUUGCCAAGAUGGCAAAGAGAGCCGGUUACAGAGUUGUUGGCUUGCCUAAUUACGUUGUGUGGCACAUUGAUACGGAUGAAAAGCCGGGCAAUGCGUAG